AUGACGGCGAACCUAUCAGUGUCGGACCAGAUCCGGCAGCUCAACGAUGCCCGAAAGCUCGUCCUGGGAGACGUCAAAUACUAUCCAAGCAUCGUCAGAGGGAUCCUCCCCAUCAUUGGACCGAACGCGGCGAUCGAACUCCGACGAUGGGGCGCCGAAUUCCUCGCCGAGGCCUUUGCGACGCCAGCCCUGCCGAACGGAGAGAAGGAGACGAUGCAGCCCUACGUAUUGGCGACACUAGAAUCGAUGAUGGAGAAUGAUCGAGAAGACCCCCAAGUCAUCCGGAGCGUGAUCCAGUGCGCUGCCAGCAUCUAUCCGCUGGCCUUGAGGUGGAUCAUAAAUAACAGCUACGAUACGAUUACGUGGCAGAGAAUGGUGUCAAUCAAGCAGAAGGUUUUACGGAUAUGGGACAAUGCAGCCCCUUCCGUGAGGAUCUGCUGCAUCAAGUUUGCGCAACGUGUGGUUUUGGCGCAGAGUGUCGCUUCUGGUGCUGAGCUCAGAGUAUGUGAUGCACUGGUCGUAGAUGCGACGCUCAAUUGCUUGUCUAUUCUCGUGAGAACGCGCCCGGCAACAUCGAAUCGAGUUGUUAAUGCUCUUCUCAACUUCAACCCCCUCAAGCUCGCAAACUCACCCCUCACACCCAAAACUCGCGUCAUGAUGAGAUCGAUGGAAAAGACAAGUCGACUGCUCUUGAUCCAUCUAAUGAAGCGAGAUCCUCACAACCCCAUGACACCCAGGAUUCAGCAGCACGUAGAACGCAUGAUGCGCACCAUGGCUGAGAUAUUCGACGACUCGGGAAGGAAACGGCCUCUCGCGGCACAGCAUCAUGACGGAUAUGAUGCCAAACGACAACGCUUGACCCCCGCCCAGAUCCAGGUGCCCCCGCUGGGUCCUGGCACGCACAGCCUGGCAGAUGUGUUUACAUUGAUCGAUAAUGACGCUCUAAGGAACUUUGACAUCUUCCAAGUCCCUGCACCAAUGGUGGCCAAGAUCGCAAUCACGACGCUUGCGAGUAUCGAUCAGCAAGUGUUGGCCAAGGCGGUUGAUGGUAUCCGUGGACGUCUAGACGCCCUUGCCAGUGCUCCAGCUCCCGAACUGAACCCCAAUACUGCCCCGCUGGGUGUGGAUGAAGAUGACGACGACUACGAGCCCGACUUUUACCAGGCUGAGGAUACAGAACAGAUUCUCAACAAGCUAGAUAGCUCUGCUGUUCACGAUGCGUCAUCAGGUCUAGAGGAUAGCCUUGCGUUGAAGUCGUUCCACCUUCACCAACCUCAGGCACUAACACCGGAAACGGCUCUAACAGCGGGUAACGGGACUGUGACGCGGGUGAUUGAGAUGAUGAAAUCUUUAGAGGAUCCCUCAAAGAAGAGCAAGGCUGGUUUCAGUAGGCUAGCUGCCAGCUCUGGAAACCGAGACUCGUGGAUGACGAUACUGGCACGACUGGCGACACGGUCAGUGGCUGGCCUCGAGGGAGUAUCUGUGAAGGAGGAGGGCGACCCAUCAGCACCGCAAUCCCUCAGCAGUAACAUCCGCGACGUUCUUUAUGCCUACGUGAUGGAGGACUUUCGAAAACACAUCGACGUGGCAGUUUCUUGGCUGUGUGAAGAGUGGUACAACGACAAGCUACAGCAGAAGUCAGGCGGCGAUCGAGCGCUGCAUUACGAAAAGUGCUGCUUGCGGCUGAUUGAUGGAUUCUUGCCAUAUCUGAACGCCCAGGACAAGGUGCUCACGCGAUUCCUGAGUGAGAUUCCGGAACUGAACCGGAAUAUUCUCUCUCGGGUGAAGCACAUGUGUCGCGAUCCCAGCAUUGUGCAGUUGGCCCUAACAAGCCUGCUCUACUUGGUCAUGAUGCGACCGCCUAUCAAGGAGGUUGCUCUAGAUACGGUGCAAGAUAUUUGGACCGAGUUCGAGGAGGCGAGGCCUAUGGCGGGCAAGUAUUUGUCCAAGUAUCGGCCUGCUUUCAUGGAGGCGGCACGGGAGGCAGCUGGCGACAAUGCUGGGCAGACGACAGCACCUGCAAUCGCAGCUUGA